UCUUGUUCGUCCUAGCGAACGGAAAAUGCACUGUAGUAAGUGUGGUUGCGAAAAGUGUGGGAAAAGAAGUGUAUUUUAACGCAACAUUUACUGGAACGCGGUACGAGCGCGUCUGGACCAUCGCAGCAUCAAACACACGCAUCGUGCUUAGCUGGAAAACCGUCCUGUAAAGCCACAGAUGGAAACAAUAGUUCGUUUUUGAAUCGAAAAACGAAUCUAGAAGUCGCACACCUCGUGGAUCGAUUUGUGCCUGGCCGCCUGCCUAGGGUUCCGUGUGCGCACGAGAGUGUGAAAAAGGAAAUGGUGUAUUGAAACGGGUGGGACAAGGAGCAAACGCCGCAGUUGGUAAUAACCACACAGCCAGGCCCGUCCAUCCACCGUUGCCACAGAGUAGCGCAGCCCACCAUACAGGGUUGGCAAGUUUGUUCGUCGGAGCGCGAGCGCGUGUGCGAACGACAAUUAUCCGUCAAACGGCGCGGUUUCGCUGAAACCAGCAGCACAGUGCGCGUGAACGAGUGUGGUUGUGAAGCACGAGCCUAGUCGGGCGCGUGUGUGCGUGUGAGUUGCUUUCGGCAAUCUUUUUCCGCUUCCGAGACGGCGUUUUUUCGCUUUCGCCAUCCUAAGUUGCACGCGAGAUGGAGAACACCUCCUACGGAAUCAAUGUGGCGAACCGCUACGAUCUGUUCUGCAUCGACGACGAUGCCGGCGAUCCGAUGGAGUCCAUUCUGAAGAACAAACAGAAGCAGCAGAAAAAGCAGCAAGCUGCUAAUACGGCCGCUUCCGCUGCCGGAACCCCGGCAGCAGCUGGAGCUCAGCCCCAGCAACCGUCGUCCGGACAGGCGAAAUCGACCGCGAAGGGCGGUGAGAAGGAAAACAAGUCGGCUGGUGGGCGCGGAGCGGAAAAUCGACACCCGGAUAAAACGGCAGCACAGACGAACGGCACCGGCAAUUUACAUAAUCAGCGCGGCACGGAACGACGAGGUAUCAAGGAAACGCAGAAGGACAACAUCCGCAACCAAGAGAAUCAGAAAGUCGGCGCUGCUGCUGCCGCCGGUGCAAAGUUCCCCCGAGGCCCGAACAACAAGAACGGAACGGUAGCACCCGGAGGUGGCAAUGAUGAUAAGUAUCCGCGCAAACCCCGUGAGUACGACAGCGAUGGACAGCGAAAACCGUACGCUCAGAAUGGUGGUGGUGCUGGUGGUGCCGGUGGACCGAAGCGCUUCGAUGGUCGCGGUAAGCGCGAUUUUGACCGUCAAUCUGGCUCCAACAAAACCGGAAUCAAGGCGGUGGAUAAGCGCGACGGUGCCGGGUCGCACAACUGGGGCAGCUCGAAGCAGGACGCUAAGGAGUACUCGAACUUGGACCAAGAAUACCAGCCACAGGAUGCCGAUACGAGCGCCGAUGAGAAGACCAACCCGGAGCGCACGAACAACGUGGCCAACGGCGACGGCGAGGGUGCUGCCGACGCGGCUGCUAUCGCCAAAGCUGAGGAAGAGGCCAAGGAAAUGACUCUGGACGAAUGGAAAGCACAAAAGGCGGCGGUUCGAUUGAAGCCCCAGUACAAUCUGCGUAAGGCGGGCGAGGGCGAGGAUUCGGCUCAGUGGGACAAGAUGGUGGCACUGGACAGGAAAUCGGCCAAGGGUGAAGCAGCGGAAGGGGACGAUGACGAAAACAACGAUACUCAAAAGGCAUCGGCCGGUGGCAAGGGCAAGCAGGUGCUGGACAUCGAGUUCCACUUCAAUGACAACCGUCGGGGUGGACUGGGACGUUCUCGUGGCGGCCGUGGCGGCAAGGGUGGAGGCCGAGGAAUGGGACGCGACGGACCGGGUGGAAGGCGUGGUGGUGACUUUGGCGGCGACAACUAUCGAAGCGGCGGCGGUGGAGGAGACUACGGCUAUCAACAAGAUGGAGGCGCUGGCGGCACGAAUGAGGGUGGCAUGGAGCGGCCACAGCGGGACAACAUCCGGCGCAACAAUCGACCACCGUUCGGUGGCGCCGGUGGCGGUCCGGAGCGAAGCUACGAUGGUGGCAUGAACAAGUACAGCAGACCGAACCCGCGCGCUUCCAAGCAGCAGAACACCCCAGCUGCCCCGAAGGUGGACGAUGAGCAUGCCUUCCCGUCGCUAGGUUAAGCGUGGAAAGUGGUGAAGCAUAAAUACACACCACCCACCCCCCAUACACAUGGAUGCAAAGUCCAGUCGGGUCGCAGCGGCCACAAAGAAAAAUCUAGCGAGCGAGUAUUUAGAGAAGGAUUAAGUAAACUAUGCACACACACACACAUACACGCUAGGGAGAAAUGUAUUGCAACACACGUUUCUUUGAUAACUUUUUUUUGAUUAAUAAUCUUAUGCAUAAUCUGAUCAAGAGCACCAAGCAAAUGGUGGUGUGGUACAGAGAGCAGGUUUUGAAAAUGUUUCAAAUGUGCACGAUGACGUGCUUUACAACACAUUACGAGAGACACAGGACAUACAAACAGUGGGUUGCAAUAGUGCUCGAAAGCUCGUACUUUUCUUCGAACAACAGAUUAAGGAACCAGGUGUUCCCGUUUUCAAGGUAACCAGUAGGAGAUUCAAGUUACUUCGAAUAAGUUUUAGCUACUUAUGUCAGACACUCUCUGGCACAUACGGUAAAGGAAGCAGUUUGCCAUGAGAAAACAAAAACAUAAAUAUCACCCUAUAGCCAAAACAAACCAUACGUUUCUUACAAAAACAAACAAAAAAAACAAAGUCUUCUAAUCUGUUUUCUCAAUUCAACGCUGUUGCUCUCGGGGAGCAAAGAAACGGAGAAGGGUCUACAUACUAAGUUCGUUUAGUUCCGUUGCUCGUGCAGAGUUUUGUCGUAUGAGAUGCCCUGUGGUCACAGUUUUUGGAAUAAGCAUACCCGUGUGUAUGUGUGGAUGGAUCAUUCAUUAUUUUGUCUUUUUGCGGCGCUCCCGUCAUCAGCAAUAUUAUGGUUAUGCACCUCUCCUGCCCUCAUGCGGUAUUACUGCCCCAAGAAUUCAUAUUUUUCUGAUUAUUUCAAUUAUCAUUCUUAUUAUUUUAAAUAACAUCGUACUAACAAAAAGCUUUUCGUUGUUUUCGAUAUCAUCAAUCCACCAGCCCCUCUCAACUGUCCCUCUCACCGCAUUAUGGAGCGCCGAAUUUAUGCUCCUUACGAACUUAAGAAUAACCUGUACAUCAAUCGUACUAUUCUGUAAUCUGUUCCGAUGUUUGCAAAUGAGUUUUACUACUUGAAAAAGAAAAAUAAUUAAAUCGAAAAAAAAACAAAUCAAGGAAAUCGUAACUAUGAGGCGUGUAUUUGCUGCUGAUUGAGAUGCUGACUUCGAUCACCAACUAUUCAC